AUGCAGCUUGUCAAAGGAAAGAAGCCGGCGACGACCGACGCUGCCCAGGGCGAGGCCGGCGUCACACUCCUGCCCACGGAGCCCGAAGACAUGUGGCACGCCAACAACCUCAUCCGCCCCGGCGACAUUCUGAAGGCGACGGCCAUCCGCAAGGUGGUUGACGAGUCGGCGACGGGCUCGACGAGCUCCAACCGCAUGCGCACCGAACUCACGAUCCGCGUCGCCGCGACCUUCUUCGACCCGCCGUCGUCGGCGCUGCAGGUCAACGGCACCAUUGUCGUCGAGAACCCGCUGGCGUCGCUGGGGCAGUACCACACGCUCGACCUCGAGCUGCAGCGGCCGUUUACGCUGUGGAAGGCGCGGGAGAGCGGCGGGUGGGACUCGGUGGCCAAGGCGGAGCUGGACGCGGCGCUGCGCACCGACAAGGGCGACGCGCUGGUGGCGGUGGUGCUCGGCGACACGCACAACACGGCGCUCGUCGUCUUGGUGACGGAGUACCAGACGCUCGUCAAGACGCGCAUGGAGGGCAGCAGCAAGCCCACGCCGCAGUUUUAUGGGGAGGUGCUCGCGGCGCUGCUCGAGGCGGCCGACUUUUCCGGCGGGCCGCGCCUGCUGGUGCUGGCCAGCCCCGGCUUUGCCGCGCAAAAGUUCAAGGCGUUUGUCAGCGACCAGGCCGUGCGCGCCGACGACGCCAAGCUGCGCCGCAUGGGCCGCGACGCCGUCGUCGUCCACGCCAACUCGGCCAACGUGUACGCGCUCCACGAGGCCCUGCGCAGCCCGGAAGUGGCGGCCGUCGUCAAGUCGGCCAAGUUCCAGGACGAGACGCGCGUCAUGGACGAGGUCGCGGCGCGCGUGCGGCAAAACGACGGGCGCGUCGCGUAUGGCCUGCGGCAUGUGGCCCAGGCCGUCGAGGAGGGCGCCGUGGGCCGCGGGGGCGGUGCGCUGCUGGUCAACAAUGCGCUCUUUCGAAGCGACGACCUGGCCACGCGCAGGCAGUACGUGGGCAUUGUGGACCGGGUGCGAGACGAGGGCGGCGCGACACACCUGCUGAGCAGCGACCACGAGAGCGGCAAGCGGCUGGACGGGCUGGGGGGCAUUGCGGCGCUGCUGACGUACCCGAUGCUGGACCCGGACGAGGCGGACGUCGAGCCGACAAGUCUCGAGGAGUGGGGCUACGAGGGUGUUACGGUGAUAUGA